AUGCCCCGAACGGAACCCUCCCCGCCGCCGGCGGGCAGCAUAUCCCGCCUCCUCGGCGUCCUGGCCCUGCUCACGGCGCUCCUGGCCUCCGUCGUCUACGUCCUGGACCGGGACCUGGAGCGCUUCUACGUCUUCGAGACGGACCACCUGCACGACCUCGCGCGGCGGGGCAUCGCGGCGCACGGCAACGACACGCGCGGCAUCGUGCGCUUCGUCGUCGACGAGCUCAACGACAAGGUGCCCGGGUACGUCAACCUCGAGGAGGACUGGGUGUUUAACAAUGCCGGCGGCGCAAUGGGCGCCAUGUACAUUAUCCAUGCCAGCGUGACGGAGUAUCUCAUCAUCUUCGGCACCGCCAUCGGCACAGAAGGCCACACCGGCCGCCACACCGCCGACGACUACUUCCACAUCCUCUCCGGCACGCAGCUCGCCUACGUCCCCGGCGAGUACGAGCCCGAGGUCUACCCGGCCGGCUCCGUGCACCACCUGCGCCGCGGCGACGCCAAGCAGUACAAGAUGCCCGAGGCCUGCUUCGCGCUCGAGUACGCCCGCGGCUGGAUCCCGCCCAUGCUCUUCUUCGGCUUCGCCGACGGCCUGUCCAGCACCCUCGACUUCCCGACGCUGUGGAAGACGACGCACAUCACGGGCAGGCAGAUGGUGGGCAACUUGCUCAAGGGGAAGCUGUGA